CUGCCAUUUCCACAUUACUGCCAUGUUUAGAACAUCCUUGUUGAGAAACUUGAGAGCUCCUUUAAUUUCGAGCUCUGUCACCAGAAAGCCACUUGUCCAAAAUGUCGUAGCUUUGAGCCAACCACUUUUUGUGAGAAACUAUUCUGGCUUCCCACCUUUGACCAGAGAGUUGGCCAAGGAAAGAAUAUUGGAAUUGUUGGAAGGCUACGACAAGGUCGAUGCCUCCAAGGAAAUCACCGAAGAAUCGUCUUAUGUACAAGAUUUGGGUUUGGAUUCACUUGAUGUUGUUGAAGUUGUCAUGGAACUCGAACAUGAAUUCAACAUCCAAAUCCCAGAUAACGAGGCUGACAGCUUGAAAACCGUUGGUCAGACUAUCGACUAUGUUCUCUCACAAGAAGACUCUGUCUAGUCGAGAAACCGGGUCUUUUUUGACGAUUUUUCACUGCAUAUUCCAUUUCCUUUGAACAGAAAUGACUGAAAUGGUAAGAUAGAUUAUAAAAAUGACAAAAAUCAUUGACAACACGUCUUCAUCAGCAAACCAGCAAUGGGUACAGCAAUCAUUGAAUAUUUGACCCUAUUAUACCUGUCUUGUCUGUAUUUUUACUAUUUCCUUCUACUGUUCUUCAUCUUCAUACACCAAUACACGAUAGCUAUUUAACUGUAAAGUUGCAGAUUAGAAUACCAUUAUCACUUAACAAAUGAAUUUCAAUCUUUAGUAAUAUCAAUAUAUACACCGUUGCU